AUGCGUCCUCCCUCUCGCCGUGCACCACUGCCACUCAACGGUGGCGGUAAGCGGAAGGAGAGGCAUCAAGGUUCCCAAAAACCCAUAUCCUCGGCCACAAUUACCAAAUUGCCCAAGCUUGAGGGCCCUGAUCCUGACCCAGUCUCAACAAACAUGCUCCUGGCUGGGUACUUGGCACAUGAAUUUCUCAGCAAAGGAACUCUGUUGGGCCGCAGAAUGGGCCAGUCGCCAAACCUGCAAGAGGAGUCGCUGCAGCAGAAAUACGAGAGGUAUGUCGAGCUAACCCUCUUGUUGAAGAAGGAGGGGGCCCACCUCUUUGACAUUGUAAACCCAAAUCAAUUGGCCCAAUUCUUAAAGCUAUGA